GGGCGCUGGAGGAGGACGACGACCCGGCGGGGACGGGAAGGGGCUGGGAUGCAGCGGGGCCCGGGAAUAGGGCAACUACGAGGCGAGCCAGACCCAUCCCGUGCCCUCCCAGGUUAUUUUCAUCCGGAAAUCAAGCUUCAGCCGGUCUCCCGCGGCCCUUCACGGGUUUCAACCCUGACUAGAUCUGAGUUUCAUCAUGGCCCUCUAUUUUGACCACCGAAUAGAAGCCCCAGAUGCAGUUGGGUCUCCUUCGCACAUCAGUUGGCACCCUGUUCAUCCAUUCCUGGCAGUCGCCUCUGUCAGUACAACCUCGGGAGGCAGUGUGGACAUAUACCUGGAACAAGGAGAGCGCGUGCCUGAUACACAUGUUGAGAGAUCGUUCCGGGUCACUUCCCUGUGCUGGCAUCCGACACGGCUGAUCCUGGCUGUUGGCUGGGAGACUGGAGAAGUGAUCGUGUUUAAUAAGCAGGACAAGGAGCAGCAUGCAGUCCCCCCAACGCACACUGCCAACAUCACUGUCCUCACCUGGAGCACCGGUGGGAACUGCCUUGUAUCGGGGGACAGGCUUGGCGUCCUGCUCUUAUGGAGGCUGGACCAAAGGGGUCGAGUACAAGGGACACCCCUGCUGAAACACGACUAUGGAAAACACCUGACUCACUGCAUCUUCCGGCUUCCCCCUCCUGGCGAGGACCUUGUUCAGUUGGCAAAGGCAGCUGUGAGCGGUGAUGAGAAAGCCCUGGACAUGUUUAACUGGAGGAAAAGUAGCUUUGGAAGUUUCUUGAAAAUGGGCUCUCAAGAAGGACUGUCAUUCUUUGUCAGCUUGAUGGAUGGGACCGUGCACUACGUGGAUGAGAAAGGCAAGACCAGCAUGGCAGCAUCCACAGACAGCUCUAUCCAAAUGCUGUUCUACAUUGAGAAGAGGGAGGCGCUGGUGGCAGUCACAGAGAACCUGCUGCUGUCCCUGUACUUGGUGACUCCUGAGGGCGAGGUGGAAGAAAUGAUGAAGGUGAAGUUGAGUGGGAAAACGGGUCACCAUGCCGACAUUGCUUUGAUCGAAGGCAGCCUUCUGGUGACUGCCACUGGGGAAUCAGCCCUCAGAUUCUGGGACUUGGAUCGAGGAGAGAAUUAUGUACUGAGUCCAGAGGAGAAGUUCGGUUUCGAAAAAGGAGAAAAUAUAAACUGUGUUUCUUACUGUAAAGUCAAAGGUCUCCUGGCAGCAGGUACCGAUAAAGGGCGAGUAGCCAUGUGGAGAAAGGUGCCAGGACCCCAGAGCAGCCGAGGAGUGGAGGGCAAAGACAGGUGGACUCUUCAAACCCCUACUGAGCUUGAAGGAAACAUCACACAGAUAAAGUGGGGCUCCAGAAAGAACCUUCUGGCAGUGAACAACAUCAGCUCUGUGGUGAUCCUCAGCGAGCAGGCCAUGUCGUCACAUUUCCACCAGCAAGUGGCUGUGGUGCAGGUUUCCCCGAGCUUACUCAGUGUGUCCUUCCUGUCCACGGGGUUGACGCACAGCCUGCGCACAGACAUGCACAUCAGUGGAGUGUUCGCCACCAAGGAUGCUGUCGCCGUCUGGAAUGGAAAACAGGUGGUGAUCUUUGAGCUUUCUGGAGCCACAUUACGAAAUGCAGGUACCUUCCUGUGUGAGUCUCCAGUGUUAGCAAUGCAUGAAGAAAACGUUUAUACAGUAGAACCAAACCGAGUUCAAGUUCGAACCUGGCAGGGGACUGUGAAGCAGCUCUUGCUAUUCGCUGAGACAGAGGGGAACCCAUGCUUCUUUGACAUCUGUGGAAAUUUCCUGGUUGUAGGGACAGACUUGGCUCACUUUAAAAGCUUUGAUCUAUCCCGAAGAGAGGCGAAGGUGCACUGCAGCUGCAAGAACCUGGCUGAGCUGGUCCCCGGAGUGGGAGGCAUUGCAUCACUUAGAUGUAACGCCAACGGCAACAAGAUCAGCAUCCUCCUCAGCAAGGUACGAACUGAUCAGUUAAACAAGAAGACUCGGCCCCUCCUUCUGUGGUUGAACAGACAUCUAUCAAACAACGAGGCAAACAAGUACAUUUUUACAACCCUGGCUGACAACAGCCCUGAUUCAAAAAUCUGCUUCUAUGACGUGGAAAUGGACACCAUGACCACCUUUGACUUCAAGACAGGACAAAUUGAUUGGCGAGAGACAUUGACCUUUAAUGGGCAGGAAACUAAGAAGAACCAUGCCUUUCCGGACGAGAGGCUAGCACAUCUUGUUCCUGUGAGCCACUUCUGGGAUCAAAGUGAGCCCAGGCUGUUCGUGUGUGAAGCUGUUCCUGAGGUAAUGGGAGCCCACCAGCAGCCCACAGACAGGAAGGCCCACACCGAGGACAGCGCUGGCCCCACGGUGGACGUGUUGAUUCUGUCCUUCUUUAUUUCUGAAGAGCAUGGCUUCUUGCUUCAAGACAGCUUCCACCGGCCUCCCACCUAUCAGUCUCUUCUGGGAAUGGAAGUGCCCCAUUAUUACUUCACCAGAAAGCCAGGAGAAGCAGACAGAGAUGACCAGGUGGAUUCAGGGCAGCACUGCAUCCCCCAGGUGGUGGGCAGGAGGCCCCUGCGAGACUUCGUGGGGCUGGAGGACUGCGACAAGCCCACGCGAGACGCCAUGCUCAACUUCAGUUUCUUCGUCACUGUCGGAGACAUGGAUGAAGCUUUCAAAUCUAUCAAACUCAUCAAAAGUGAAACCGUGUGGGAGAACAUGGCACGCGUGUGUGUGAAGACCCAGCGGCUGGACGUAGCCAAGGUGUGCCUGGGCAACAUGGGCCACGCGCGUGGAGCCCGAGCACUGCGGGAGGCUGAGCAGGAGCCAGAGAUGGAGGCCCGCGUGGCCAUGCUGGCCAUACAGCUGGGCAUGCUGGAGGAGGCCGAGCAGCUGUACAAGAAAUGCAAGCGCUACGACCUACUCAACAAGCUCUACCAGGCCUCCGGUCAGUGGCAAAAAGCCAUAGAAGUCGCUGAACUCCAUGACCGUGUCCACCUGCGCACCACCUACUACAACUACGCCAAGCACCUGGAGGCCAGCACCAACUGCAGUCUAGCCCUCAACUACUACGAGAAGUCAGACACCCACCGCUUCGAGGUGCCCAGGAUGCUCUCGGAGGACCUGCAGUCCCUAGAGCUGUAUGUCAAUAAGAUGAAGGACAAGACCCUAUGGAGGUGGUGGGCCCAGUACCUGGAGAGCCAGGCAGAGAUGGAUGCCGCACUGCGCUACUAUGAGCUGGCACAGGACUACUUCUCCCUAGUCCGCAUUCAUUGCUUCCAGGGCAACAUUCAGAAGGCUGCUGAAAUAGCCAAUGAGACUGGAAACUGGGCUGCAUCCUACCACCUGGCCCGGCAGUAUGAGAGCCAGGAGGAGGUGAGACAGGCAGUGCACUUCUACACACGGGCUCAGGCCUUCAACAACGCCAUCCGUCUGUGCAAGGAGAACAGCCUGGAUGACCAGCUCAUGAACUUGGCCUUGCUGAGCUCCCCCGAGGACAUGAUCGAGGCGGCACGCUACUAUGAGGAGAAGGGCAAACAGAUGGACAGGGCGGUCAUGCUGUACCACAAGGCCGGCCACUUCUCCAAGGCCCUGGAGCUGGCCUUUGCCACCCAGCAGUUUGUGGCCCUGCAGCUCAUCGCAGAAGACCUGGACGAGAAGUCAGACCCUGCCCUCCUAGCCCGCUGCUCGGACUUCUUCCUUGAGCACAGUCAGUAUGAGAAGGCGGUGGAGCUGCUACUGGCUGCCAAGAAGUAUCAGGAAGCCCUACAGCUUUGCCUGGAGCAGAACAUGACCAUCACCGAGGAGAUGGCCGAAAAGAUGACUGUGUCCAAGGACUGCACGGACCUGUCCGAAGAGUCGCGGCGUGAGCUGCUGGAACAGAUCGCCAACUGCUGCAUGCGCCAGGGCAACUACCAUCUGGCCACCAAGAAGUACACGCAGGCCGGGAACAAGCUCAAGGCCAUGAGAGCUCUGCUCAAGUCUGGGGACACGGAGAAAAUAGUGUUCUUCGCGGGUGUCUCGAGGCAAAAGGAAAUCUACAUCAUGGCCGCCAACUACCUGCAGUCCCUGGACUGGCGGAAGGAGCCGGAGACCAUGAAGAACAUCAUUAGCUUCUACACCAAGGGGCGGGCCCUGGACCUGCUGGCUGGCUUUUACGAUGCCUGUGCCCAGGUGGAGAUCGAUGAAUACCAGAACUACGACAAAGCCCAUGGGGCUCUGACUGAGGCCUACAAGUGCCUGUCCAAGGCCAAAGCCAAGAGCCCCCUGGACCAGGAGACCAAGCUGGCUCAGCUGCAGAGCAAGAUGACGCUGGUGAAGCGAUUUAUCCAGGCCCGCAGGACAUACAGCGAGGACCCCAAGGAGUCAGUCAAGCAGUGUGAGCUGCUUCUGGAGGAGCCAGACCUGGACAACACCAUUCGCAUAGGGGAUGUCUAUGGCUUCCUGGUGGAGCACUACCUGCAGAUGGAGGAGUUCCAGAUGGCCUACAAGUAUCUGGAGGAGAUGCGGAGGAGACUUCCCGCUGCCAACGUGUCCUACUACGUGAACCAGCGGGCCGUGGACGCUGUGCACCAAGGCCUGGGCAUCCCUCUGGCGCGCAUCAUGCCCGAGCGGAUCCGCCACAACAGCAUGGAGGACCCCAAGGAGGUGGACGAGGAGGUGAUGGAGGAGGUCGAGAACGAAUCCUGAGGGCCUACUGCUGCAAAAGCUCUUCUAGCACUUUCCGGUCAUCAGUAGAAGACCCUGACUCUCUUGUUGAAAGGAAAACUUUUGAGUGUGUAGCCACGGGCCUGCUUAGAAGGGGAGAGCGUGCAUUUCUACGCCACCCCUUCUGCAUUCCUGGCCCUGCGGAGUUCUGGUUUAGCUCCUUUACUUUCAAGGGAAUGUCAUGUUGCCCUUGGCAUUCUCCCAAGUACAGAUUGUGAAGCCUAAGAAACUUCUAGAACUUCACGAAGUGAGGAUGGUACACUGCGCCUCAUCCAAGCACCCAAAUGGGUUGCUUAACAGCGCAUCCAGGUUUUCAAGGGCC